AGCAAUUGACAGAACAGGACUUGUUAUUUUUGUUUUGUCUGCGUAAAUUAUUUUCAAAUAAACGAGAUUAGGUACGAAAAUGGUUUCCUACUUCACCGUAGAUGGUACUGGUGAGAAUACGAAUUUCCAGAAGGAAAUAUCGAACAUGAUGCACGGUUUUGGUGACAAUCCGAACCCGAACGCGGCAACCGUUGUUUUGGUCGAAAAUGUCGUUCUGCAGCAACUAAAAAGCAUGCUGCAAGAAGCAUCACACUAUGCAGUACUUCGCGGUUCUAAAACUAUCACGAAUUUUGAAAUAAUUUACUUAAUGAGGAAGAAUAAAAUGAAGUUAAAACGCCUUCAUGAUUACCAAAUAAAAAUGGAUGUGAUUGACAAAAAUCGCCAGGUGAAUGUGAGUAAUCCUACGGAGCCGAUAAUAUCUGGAAUAAUGUUAGAAGACGAGAAGGACCCUAUGAUUAAGAAGAGACGUACACACAUUGACGUUAUAAGAGAACUGGACGAGGCAGAUGAAGUAGGUCAAAUCAAAUUCGAUGUCAUUGAUUAUUUGAGGAAAGUAAGAGCGAAUAAAAUCACAGAAUCUAUGUGCUAUGACAAAUAUGAAGCGUAUCACAAAGCACGUUGCAGUUCGUUUCGGACCAGUAAUAAUGUUGGAAGAGGAUUUGUGAAGUUAGAGCGCUGGAUUAAUCCAACGAAGGAACUUAAACUUACUAUACCAGCAUUAGAGGUUUUAUGUUUUGUUGCUUACGAAACAGUUGCUGAAAUUGUUGAUGCCGUAUUCUUAAUUAGACAAGAUGCUAAGAAAAAGUAUGGAGAUCCGUUCAGUAAAUUUGAGGGUGGUUAUUUUUGUAAUCCGAUGAGUUUGAACAAUGCAGUGUAUAUUAAAUCUGGUUUCGAAGGAGUUCCAGCUAUUACUGUAGCAGAAGUAAGGGAGGUUUUGAGACGUUAUUUUAAUCCAAGAACAGGAAUGAAUGGGCUUUUCUAUAGAAAUAUGAAUCUUGAGUUACCUUCUAGGUACAUAGCCAUUUAAGUUAGAUCUGAAGAAUAUGAUAUCAUGCACUAUAUAAAUUUACCAGAGUGUAAGUUCAGUUCAUUUACAAUAAUGUAAAAAUAUACACACAUACAAAGACAUAGCUCUUGUGUCCAUGUAGAGGUAGGCAGAGGUGUAUAGUCUAUAAACCACUCCUCGCCAGCUAUAUUUAAGUCCAAUGUAACAGGGGAUGCUAAUAACCCAUCAACCAACCAACCAAGAAGACCUUACAUGGAACAGAUUAAAGAGAAGACGAACAUUGUGUCUUAAGGUAGGGAAAGGUAGCGAAAGAAUUUGACAGACAAGAAUGGAAAAUGCUACACCAACAAGAAUGUGCUUUUUAAAUUGGAAAAAAGAAAUAUCCAUUAAAAUAAGGCAAAAAAAUCUGGGCACUCACUACCGUUUAUAUGUUGAGUAUGGCAGUUAUUACAUUAUGUAGUUUAGUGGUACGUAGCGGUUUACACCAGACAAGGAAUAUAAUAAAGUGGUACCCAUAAUGAUUAAUUAAAGAAAUUGGUCUUAUACAGAACAUGUAUAAGAUCAAUUUCUUUAAAAAGGUUGCUAUCUAAACGAUUUAAUGUUAUGUUAAGGUAGUAACACUUAUUACAGUUAUGUGCCUGAUGUUGGCAACACCAACUAAAAUGUUUGAUUUUUAAGGUGGUAACAAUUUUUGUAAACUCUUCCUGUGCAACAAGAAUAUAGUGUGUAUCAUUUUAUAACUGACUCUCUCACCUAUGUUUCAGCCAUAAUGUAACUAUUUUGUAGGUAUUCAACUUGAAUUGAAUCAUCAAACAAAACAAAACUAGAAUAAAGUACUGUGUGACUUAUUCAA